UUCUGAAAAGAUAAAAUUUAGGGUGAAAAAUUUGCGGGAGUUCACCCAAGACCCACAAUGAAUGUGUUCCUUUGUUUGUUGUUUGACCAAGCACAUGGUGUGCAUGAACAUUCUAAUUACUUUCAUUCCGAUGAAUGCUGAUGCCUCUUUAAAAAAAAAAAUAUCCUUUAAUAUAAAAACAAAACAACAGCAAGAAAAAAAAUUAAAAUAUAAAUAAAGUCGGUAAACAAAAGAAAAUGAGGAUUGAAAAAUCAAUAAGCGAAUUUGAUAUCUCACCAACAAAAACGGGUGUGAGGACUUUUUGUGCGUCUGGGACAAUGCAGCGUAAGGACAAUGCAAAUAAUUAGCUGUUCGAGAUAUACAUUUCAAUUCGGAACAACAAAAACAACAAUGAAUGACACAUAGUGUGUGCGUGUGUGUGUGGUUUCAUAUAAAUAACAAUAAAAUACCUUUUAAUACCUAUACUUAAGUUUAAAAUUAAAGAAUUAAAAAUUUAAAAAAAAAUAUACAACAAAAACACUCUAGCAAAAUGCACUCCAAGGAUAGUGACGAAAAUGGUAGUGAGACGGAGAUACCUGUACUAGAUUGGCCAUUUCUUAUAAAGGGAAUAAUGGAUAAUCCAUCCUGUGCAACUCCUGCCCCAGAUACAAUAUCUGCCCUUUUAUGGACAAUCACAGCUGUUUUUGGAAUUGUUUAUGCACUAUUAGGCUAUCGAUGUCUUCGAGCUGUUGGAUUUUUGAGUGGUUUGCUUGUUGGUGCCAAUGGUAUAUUCAUUUUGCAAGAUUUGAAAAUUACACUCCUGGGAAGCCCAGCAGAUUCAGCUCUUGCAAUUGUAGCUGGUUUAAUUGGAGCCGUUUUAGGUUCCGCUCACCCUAUAGCAUCGGCAUUAGUUAGUGCUUUCGCUGGAGCACUUUUAGCAGCUGUUGCUAUGGCGGUUUGUGUAGCAACAAUGCCAGAUAAUGAGUUUGGGCCAAGAGAAAUCUAUGUUGCUGUCGUUGGUGGAGCUGUAAUUUUCUCGGUUUUAACACUCUGUUGUGUAAAAUACAUAACAAUAUUAGCAUCUAGUAUAGUUGGUACUGCAAUGAUUGUGGCUUCCAUUGACUUUUUCAUGCAUGGACUUGACACUGCAAACUGGAUUUUAAACAUGAAACCAAAUCCUGCCCCACCUCCUUGUUUUGGUGGAAUUCUUAUAUGUACUUGGCCAGUUGCAGCCAUUAUAAGUGUAAUGGUACAAUGUUUCAUUACUGGAUGGCGUGUUGAUCAUCGCAAACGGAUUUACCAUAGACAUCCUCAGGACAUACGUUGUCGAUCUACUUCCAGGCCUAGAGAAACACGAGAAGAAGCUCGCCAGCGAAAGUAUCGAUAUCUUUAUCAAGUUAGAACAGCUAGAGGUGACAUUAUUUCACAAAAUUUCGUAUCAGCCCUCCAAAAACGUGUACAGCCUGGCACUGAAACUCCAUCGGAAAGGUCUUUAAAAACAAGCUCAAACGAACGCAACACCUUUAGAAGUGAUCGCACCCAUUUUACAACUAUUCCUGACUCAGAUAUAUGUGAUAAGAUCGAGAUUGUACGCGAUCAAGGAUAAUAUUGGCCACUAAACUAAUCGCACCCAAUGACGCCCAGUACGGUCAGUACAAAAGAGAAAAAAUAAAAUGUAAAUGCAUCAAAAAAAUAUAGAAAUUGAAUUGAAAUCAAUUUAGCAUACAGCGUUUCGCUUCAUUCCAUAUUUAUUUUUUUAAUAAAACAAAUAAAAAAUAAUUACCAAAAAAAAAAAUAACAAAAUAAAAUAAAAUAAAACUUGUAGGAAUAACGAAAAAGUUUAAUGCACAUGUUGUAAACAUUGCCGAUAAUAAAAAAAAAUAAAAAAAAACACCCAAUGGAAACAUAAAAUUAAAUAUACGAGCAUGUACCAUAAUAAGGUCCAAAGCUAUCAGCAUUAUUAUUAUAAUGAAAUGAAACCAAAAAACAAUGACGGUAAAUUUAUGUAUAAUUAUUAUGUAUUAUUAUUAUUAUUAAUGUUAAAUAAAUAAUUUAUUUAAAAAAAUUCGAAUUUAAAAAGUUAAACCGACCACUAAGUUGACAAAUUAUGUCGUAAAUUAAUGUACCUACUUAUGUAUUCCUUUAAUUUUUGCCAAAACGAAAACAAAAGUGAGAAAACAUUAAAAAAAAUUGUCAUUGAAAUUGCUUGUUAAAAGCUCUCAUUACUAAGAAAA